AUGCAGCGAAACGCUGCGGAACGAGAGGAGAAUGCUGCACGCUUUGAGUUGGUAGGUACGGUCCAGGGUGCGCCCACGACCCAACGCAAGACUCCUAUGCUGGACAACGCAGCUCUAGGCCCAGAUAUCGUGGUCGAGUGUGAUGUGUGCGCUUUCCGCCUGCUCGAGAAGGAAGCUCGUUUCUGGAAGACUGACCCCCAAUUCUACGUGGCAAAAGAGCAAGGAGUUCAACAGAAGCGUCCCCUGGACGAGGAACCAGCCCAAGUCCUGAACGAGAACGCCUGCGAGCCAGAUCUUGCUCGCGAAUGCCAGGCGUCAGAGAUUCCAACGCGAUGA